CUUCUCAGUGGAAAGAGUCACAAGUUCAAGGUCGCCCCUCCCAAGAUCCGCAUCGAAAAGGUCGCCGUCGAGAAUGCCCCGAAACCAAAGCCGAGGUCUAUAGCUCGACCCGGGCUAUCGUCGUCGGCGCGAUCAUCGCCGAUUCGCAAGCUCUCGCCAAAUGCCACCUCUUCCUCUAUAGCCUCGUCUCCUGCCAAGAGCAGUUCGCCAUACCCCUCAUCGACCGACGAGAGGCGCUUCGAGCCGCAGCGCAAGCGAAAGGCGCCGACCAGCGCGUCUCGCCGCUCACCCGCUAGCGACCGCAUCGAGUUCGACAAGGACAGCGACGCCGAAGAUGACAACUGGAUGGACUUGGAUUCGCACAAGCGCCAGCGAAAGGCAACCAGCGAAGAUUCAAACCGCACGCUGAGGAGCGCGAGGGCGUACGAGCGGAAGGAUGAGGGGCUGCAGUUCAUCCACGCCGUCGACGUAGCGUCGCUGGAGCACAAAUGCGCUCCCAUCAUGGGGGCUUCCAAGGAAGACGUCGCCGUAGAACUCCAGUAUCCCACUCUGCAGCGCCGAGAAAAGUUUCAGCUCGUUUGGGGCAAGGAUAAAAUCGACACCGUGGAAGCGAGUAUACGCAUAGUGCGCCUCGUCGCCGGAACCUAUCUUACCGACGCAGAAGCCGAGCCGUUUACGAAGCAUGACAAUGGCAUCAUCCGACGACUGGAAAAAGCGUCUAACAGGAACAUCCAGGAUUUGGCUGGCUUCAAGGCUGCGCUGCGCGAUUACAACGAGAAACUUCUUGAACUGGUGGAAGCCGGUGUUGUCUCGAAUAACCUUGAAAACCUGCACGAGCUCCCCUCGGAACUCACCGAUUUCAUUCUCGACCAGAUCUAUGAUCGUACAGUGGCUCCAAAGGUGGAACUCCUUUCCAAGUACGAGAACGGAACAGACUUUGUCUAUGGCGAGCUUCUGCAUCCUUUCAUCACAAAGAUUCUUGUUGAGCAGGCUAAGAUGACGUCCGACCAGGUGUUUGUCGAUCUGGGUUCGGGCGUCGGCAAUGUCGUUUUGCAGGCCGCACUCGAAGUCGGAUGCGAAAGCUGGGGCUGCGAGAUGAUGGAGAACGCCUGCAACCUCGCAGAGGCUCAAGAGAAGGAGUUUCAUGCGCGAUGCCUGCUUUGGGGCAUAGAACCAGGUGAGGUGCACAUUGAACGUGGCGAUUUCCGUAAGAACGCCUUGAUCCACGAUGCCUUGAAGCGGGCCGAUGUCAUCCUCGUCAACAACAAGGCAUUCACCUCACAGCUUAACGACGACUUGAUCCGAAUGUUCUUGGACCUGAAACCGGGCUGCAAGAUCAUCUCCCUCAAAUCCUUUGUGGCCGACUCCAAAAGCAGCCACAACAUCAACGAUGUCGGCAGCACCAUCCUCGAGGUCGAGGAGUGCACGUACCCCGAGGGCUUCGUCAGCUGGACCAACGCCGGCGGGCAGUAUUACAUCUCCACGCGGAAAUAG